AUGAGAUUUUUACUUGCUCUUAUUGUAUUUGUCUGUUUGGCUUUCCAAUCAGCUUAUGCUCAACUAGGUGCCGAAUUUUUCUUGUAUAUGCCAAAUGCCAAGUUCUUGUCCAAUGCUCCAAUUGCCAAUGAUAAUGGUGCCUAUGCUCAAGAGGUAUGUUCCCAAGUUGGUGCCAGAAGGGCAAAUUUCAAUGAAUUUGCGGCUCAAGUUGGCGAUCAGUUUCCAAACCUCUACGAAUGGAAAUAUUAUGGUUAUUUGUAUGAUGAUAGUUCCUCAACUGGUAACUAUCUUCUUGCCAGACCAAUGGACAAUGAUCUCCAAACUGUUAGUUUCUCAACCCCUGCUCAAUCAGUAGGAUUCCUUUGCUUUGGAUACAAGCCACCCCAAGGAUUCCUCGGUAUCCCAAAAAGAAACAGAUGUUAUUGGAACAUCCACUAUAUUGCCAAUGGUCAUAUGUUAAAUGAAACUUUCAGUGUCAAGGCCAAUGGUGAUACUACCGUACCUGUGGAUCUCUGCAACAAUAACCACGGUGCUGUCCUUGCCACUGAUUCACAAGUCACUGCCGAUUUCUAUGCAGGUGCUGCUAUCUGUGCCUUUAAUGUUUUCGAAAGUGAUAAUGAUCCUACUGUACAAAUGUUGGGUUAUUAUUACAACAAGAAUAAUUUGCCAGGCCAAUGCAACUUUGGAUUCACCAAGGGCCUUAAGCCAGAUGGUUAUUUUGAUGUACUCUGCCACGGUUGCAAGCCAGUUGACAAUGUCCUAUCAGCAGCACCCAACACCAUCGUAUCAUUCAACGAUUUCACUGGUCAAUAUUCCAGAUAUGAAAACAUGCCACUUUACACUCCACAAACAUAA